AUGGCACAACCGGACCUCACGUCGCAUCAUGUCAAUUAUUUAAUUUGGAGAUACCUCCAGGAAUCAGGCCACGGUGAUGCCGCUGUUUCUUUGCAACGCGCAUGGUAUCCUGACCCGCAGACUCUCCCGUUCGCGCCAUACAUCAAAACGCAUGCGCUGGUGUCGCUAGUACAGAAGGGCUUGCAAUAUCACAAACUAGAAACCUCUCUGGAUAAGGAGGGCAACCGAAUUACCCUCUCACCUUCUGAUUAUUUCUUCGGGCCAGAGCGUUUGGAGAAUGGCUUGGUGGGGAUUCGCGACGCUGUCGGCACAGACCAGCCAGAGUCGCCGAGCCAUGUUGCGCGCGACCGCCCGGUGAACGGCCAUGCCGAGCCCGGAAGGCAGAUCCGAAAGGAUGAGGAGGACAGCGACGAGUCCAUGGAGGACAAGGCGCAGACUGAAAGCCAGCCAGGUAGUCCAAGUCAUAUGGACGGCGAUGGCGAUGUCAGUAUGGCGGAAGAAGUACCCGAACCCCCGGUUACCCUGGAGAACGGCGAUAGCUCUGGCAUUCAAAUCGCCCCCGCCAAGACCGUUGAUUUGACGCCCGACACCGCCCUCUUGGAUGUGGAGAAUUACGUGACACAGGCCUUGUGGCGGCCUCGAGAUUCUACGACCGUCGUGGCAGCUGGCCAAGAUUUUUGCAGUAUAUGGAAGCUUCCGCUCUCGUCAGAGCCUGUGGAAAGGAAAAUCGUCGAAUUUAAAAAGGGAAACACGACUGUUUCGAACGUUGCCUGGGAUGCCAUUGGAGAGAAACUGGCCGUUGCAACUUCCACUAAUGAGAAGGGAUCUAUCACCAUGUACAAUACCAAGGGUGAUGCUGUCGACCUACUACCUGAAAUCCCCCGGAUUAUCACUGGCUUGCAUUGGUCAGACGUCAGUGCACAGCUCGUCGUUGUGGGCUCAAGUGAUAACAUAUCAGAGCUCGCGCUUUGGGAUGACGACCGCCGGCCUGAUGCCUUUCCCCCUCCCCAGGUAAUCGAGGAUCACCUCUACACAGUGUCAUGGUGUGGGCGCGGUCAGAUCUUUGCUUCGGGCGAGGGCGCAGUAUACCAAUGCGAGGUGGACCACAGUAUCCGCUUGCUCAACACAUUCUCAUCCAGAGAUAAAACUACCUGGGACUUUCUUCGAUGCAUUCAAACCGGAUUGAAUCCUGUUGCAAUCGCGGCAUCUGGACCAGCGUCUUCGAUAUGGAUUCCCACUCACCAGAUCUCGAUUCCCAACGCGCACCCCGAACAAAUCACCGGUCUUGAGAUUCGCCCUCAGUCUAACCCACAACGCAUUAUCUUCGCCAGCUUUUCCCAAGGCGGCAAAGUCAAGGUUUGGCAAGUCGACCUUGAGUCUAAGGAUUACCAUUGUAUUCACCAAUUCUCGCUCGGCCCCUCUCCCUCGAAUAACGCUCUCACUGGAUGCUUCUCCCCCGACGGAUAUGCUCUUGCUGCCGCCAGCAAAGACCGGCUCUCUAUUUGGAAUGUCGAGCGCGGCGGCGAACCCAUCUCUACCUGGACUGCACCACAAUCCGAAGUAAAAAAGGAGGACCCUGACCGACCCAUCAAUGGACACAAUGGCCUUUCAAUCCCAGAAUCACCAUCUUAUUGGCCUUUGGUCUGGGAUGCAGAUGGAAAGCGACUUGCGUACGGUCUCAACAAAAAGGUACGCUCCCUCAAAUGGAUCCCUCGUCCCGUGGAUGGCCCGCCCUCAGUUCCCUAG